AUGGCGCCCCUCGAAGUCGAUUUCCAUUUGGAUGCCCCGCCGGCUCCAUUCCACAGGCCUCUGGAUGCGCGACGGAACGAUGCCCGCAUCGCGUUUAACAAGUCGAUUGACGGUGGCUAUGAGGAUGGGCAUACCGGCUACGCGCAGGUUAAUGUCCUCUUGAUGUAUUGGGAGGCUGACGACUUGUCAUGCCAAAAAGAAGUUGAAGAACUCGAGGGAGUUUUUAGGGAACAGUUCCAUUACUCCACCGAAAUUUUCAAGAUCCCGUCGGCGCCUUCAGUCAGAGAGAUUGUUUUGAGUAAAUUGAUAAGCUGGUCUCGCGACUCCCGCAACCAAAACAGGUUAAACAUCAUCUACUACGGCGGACACGGCGACAAGGUAGAGGGAAAGCGCGACGGCCUCGUUUUCAUGGGCCGCAGCAAAAAUGACACUGGCGGCAGUGCUCCCGCGUACUUUGGCCUGCACGAUAUCUACAGGUUCUGCCUCGAGACCAAUUUCGAUACGCUCCUGAUCAUAGACUGCUGCUACUCAGCGCGGGCCUUCUCACCGGCAGAGAUUGACCUACGGAAGUUUGAGCUGCUAUCGUCUGCACCGCCAGAUCAGCUAGCAAUGGGCCCGCGGUUUGCAGGCUCCUUCACCAAAUCCCUCAGCGAGUCCCUGACGUCUCUGCUCAAAAUAUACAACUACCGGGGCUUCACGACCUCGGCGCUCUACCGAGACCUCUACUUCGCACAGCCCGAUAAAAUAAAACCCUUCCUCUUCGACCAAUCGUCCAAAAACUACGGGCGGAUCUGGCUGCGGCCCUUCCCCGCCCCAGUCCCAGCAAGCAGUAGCAGCAUACCCUCCAUGCCAACCAGCGCCAGCACGCUGCUUCUCUCCCCGCCGAAAGAAGAAACAAUUUAUAUCGAGCUCAAGCUACACUUCGCCAAACUGCCCAACGAAUCCAUCCUCGCCGACCUCGCCACCCACAUGCAAUACCUGACGCACGUGCGGCGCACCGAGUUCAUCGGCCUCCACGCCCCCGAGGAGGAGCUCCGCCGCUUCAUGCAGACCAUGCGCCAGGUCCAGCGCCUCAAGCCACUGCUCCGCCGCAUCCGCGAGCGCCUCACCAAGCGCCGCCUACAGAGCGAGGGCAUCGUGGAGCCCGGCAUCGCGCGGCAGUUGUCGCGGCGGUUGUCGUGGCGGACGGGCCCGCUGGAUCGGCUGAACUGGAGCCGCGACUGUGAGCUCGAGGGCGUGGAGGUGGGGUCGUCGACAUCAUCAUCAUCAUCGUCGUCGUCGUCGUCGUCGUCGCCUCAGGCAGUGCCAGCGGGAAGAACGGACGGGAGACACAACCGCGGCAGCGAUGCCCCUGACAACAGGGCGUUGCAGCCGCAGCGUGCAGCCCCGACGCACACGGUAGGCCGACUCUUCUCGUUCGCGUACACGGUCAAUGGGACGGGGCUGUGGGCGGCGGUGGCAGCGGCGAUACAGCGACGGCGAGGCAGCGGCGGCGGGCGUGGACGCGUGCCUCUGCUUCCCACGCUGGGCGUGCUGCUUCGCCGGGCACUGGCGCUGUUUGUGCACAUAGCGAUUGCGCUGGUCUCACUGCAGCUGGGCUGGUUUACCUGGCUGCUUCGGCGGUUGGAGUGUGAGGAGGAAAAGGAGGGAAAGGAGGAGAAUUGA